CAGGAAAGAAUGAGAUUCACCCGAGAGUGUGAGACCAAACCCACUCGUAAGAUAUUGAUGAGUGAAAGCAUGGAAAUUGGAAUCCCCGGGAAACGAUGAACCAAACGCCUCAAAAGAGUCUUGGUAUUUCCUGUCCUUUUUGAUUCACAAAUCCCACCACCCCACUGACUUCAUGACCAACCAGAUAAUGAUCAAAAUUCCUAUUUAACACCCCACACGCUUUAGCCUUUUAUCUUCACCUUCCUCUUCUUCUUCUCCUCGCAUUCUCUCUCUCUCUGUUUUUCUCUCUGGGUCUGUCUGUUCUUGCAGAUCGAGAAUGGAGGUCCUCUACUUUCUCAUUUUCGGGGCUUUAUCCGUGGUGGUGGCAGCGUUGGAGCUCAGCAAAACGAGCAAAGAUCGUAUUAACACCACCUCUGCUUUCAAUGCCUUCAAGAACAACUAUCUCCUUGUUUACUCUCUCAUGAUGGCCGGGGAUUGGUUGCAGGGUCCAUAUGUUUACUACCUAUACAGUACAUAUGGCUAUAGUAAAGGGGAGAUUGGACAGCUCUUUAUUGCUGGGUUUGGAUCAUCUAUGCUUUUCGGAACGAUUGUUGGAUCUUUAGCUGACAAACAGGGUCGGAAGAGGGCAUGUGUUACUUACUGCAUUACUUAUAUUUUAAGCUGCAUCACUAAACAUUCCCCACAAUACAAAGUUUUAAUGUUGGGACGUGUUUUGGGAGGCAUUGCCACCUCUCUUCUCUUUUCAGCCUUUGAGUCCUGGCUUGUUGCAGAACACAAUAAGAGGGGUUUUGAUCAACAAUGGCUUUCAAUAACAUUCUCUAAGGCCAUAUUUCUUGGCAAUGGCCUAAUUGCCAUUGUAUCUGGGUUGUUUGGGAAUCUACUGGUAGAUACAUUGGGAUUUGGUCCGGUGGCUCCAUUUGAUGCUGCAGCAUGCUUUUUGGCAAUUGGCAUGGCUAUAAUAUUGGGGUCAUGGGGUGAAAAUUAUGGAGAUCCAUCCGAUAACAAGAGCCUGCUUAUGCAGUUCAAAGGUGCUGCUGUGGCUAUUGCUUCUGAUGAGAAAAUUGCAUUACUGGGUGCAAUACAAUCUCUAUUUGAGGGUUCGAUGUACACUUUUGUUUUCCUGUGGACUCCUGCUCUGAGCCCAAAUGAUGAGGAAAUUCCACAUGGUUUCAUUUUUGCGACAUUCAUGUUGGCCUCAAUGCUGGGAAGCUCUAUCGCAUCUCGAUUGUUGGCCCACUCAUCCCCAAGAGUUGAGAGCUACAUGCAGAUUGUAUUUAUGAUCUCUGCGGCGACCCUCCUGCUCCCAAUUAUAACAAAUUUCUUGAUACCACCUUCCAAUGUGAAAGGUGGGAGCAUCUCAUUUUCAGGGACCAUUCAGCUUGCUGGAUUCUGCACUUUUGAGGCAUGUGUGGGAAUAUUCUGGCCUUCUAUCAUGAAGAUGAGGUCCCAAUACAUUCCUGAAGAGGCUAGAAGCACCAUAAUGAACUUCUUUCGUAUUCCUCUCAACAUCUUUGUUUGUGUUGUGCUGUACAAUGUUAAUGCAUUUCCCAUCACGGUCAUGUUUGGUAUGUGCUCGAUUUUCCUCUUUAUGGCUGCUGUGUUGCAGAGGCGUCUCAUGGUGAUUUCAGAGAACCAAAAACCAAAACAACAAGACUGGACAGCAUUGGAUACAGACCAAGAAGCCCAGCCACUAAAUGACAGUUGAUGUGAAGAAGGAGAAGAAGCUUCAGAAUUUUUGAAAUUUUAAAUCGGAAACAACCUAGUCAUUAUUGAUUGCCAAAGCUGCAUUCUGUUUGCUGUUUGCCAAUUGUGGAUGGAUAUGCCAAGGGAUUUUAAAGGGAAAUCAGUUUGUGGCCAUAGCAUAAAGAAAUACUAAAAGUAGGAAAUGAUAUAUUUUGUUUAGGCAAUGGCUUGUGCAAUCUCUGAUGUCUGAGUAUAUCUUGUCAUAUGGAUUAUGUUUAGCGAAUUUGUUUCAACCUUCUAUAUAUAAAAAGCAUGAUAUAAGAUAGUCUUUUGAUAUUUCA